AUGGACGGCGAGAAGAUGGAGUUCGGCAAGGAAAGCGACUACUUCCCUUUCCACUUUUUCCCUCCCUCCAAGCCCCUACCCCCCGCUCAGGGACCAACUGGCGCUGGCGCCAAAAUGAGCUUGAGCUUGGAUGUCUUCCCGGGGCCGGGGGCUGGGGACAAGGGCGCUAACUCCGGAAGCGGUGUCUUGGCAUUUGCGACAACAAAGCAAGUACCCACGCUUAAAGAGAAGGAUUUGUCGCGACUGGUGGAGGAGGAGAGCGACCACAACAUGUCGGGGCAGGAAGAAUCUGUGGAGCAGAUCAGGCGAGACCGCGACGAAUACAAGGAGUCACUUGUUCGCGAAUACGACCGAUACGGCAAUCUUGAGUCGCAGCACGAUCGACUCAAGGAACAACUCACAAAGUCCAACAACGACCUCGCCGACCUACGGCGCCAGCGCGUCGACACCACUUUCCAGCUCGAUCAAAGCACUUCGGAGCUUGCGCAAGAGCAGGAGAAGACCCACACCCUCGAGACGCGCAACGCAAAACUUGCCCAAGAGCUCCAGAAGAACGAGACGGCCCUCAGCGAGGCCCGCAAGCAGAUCGAGAACCUCCACGCCGACGUCCAGCAAGCGCAACAAAAUGUCAGAGCCGCCCUCGCCGACCGCGACGAGUACAAAGUGGAGCUCGAAGACUUGAACUUGCAGUUCAAGGAUCUAACGGCGCAAUGGCAGGAAGGAAUGGAAACUAUCGCCGAGCUGAAGGAGACACUCGAAGAGCACAUCAACUUUGAGGAGAAGAACAACCUCCAGGGCGACAUCGCUGAGGCCAACGCCGAGCAUGAGCGCAUUCUACGGGUCGUCGAAGUCAAGGAUGAGCGCAUCAGCCACCUCGAGUCGCUGUUGCAGAAGGAGAUUGAGCGCAACCGCCACGAGCUCGACGAGAAGGCUCGAGCCGCCGCUGCUUCGCCCGUCGACGAUGACCGCCACAUCGGCAGCAUGGAGGGUACCCUUGAAGCAGAGCUCGAGAACUCCGGGAUCAACGACGAUGAUUGGAUCGCAGCCGAUGCCAGCGACUACGAGCCUUAUGUGCCAUCGUCUGCCUCCGAGAUCCACGUAGCCGCCAGCGUCGAACCGCGCGACCCAUCGCCAACAUCGCUGUCCACCAGCCCCGUCCACCAGGCCGCCAGCACCGAGCCCGAGGCUGCGAAGUCGCCCAUACAAACCGUCGACAUCCGCGAAGCUGCCAGCACCGAGCCCGAGACCGCGAGGUCGCCUUUACAAACGCUUGAGGUGCGCGAAGCCGCCAGCAGCCCGCCCGCUGAGCCAGCGCGCAUUCCGCUCUCCUUCUACAACGUGCGCGACAUCUUCAACUGCGCCCCGGAGCAGCCUGUUGGUGCGGUCUUGACUACCAGCACGCCGACUGCCAUCAGCACCGCGCCCAUCGAACUCACUCGCGGUCCGUACUCCCUCGACGACGUGCGCCGUGUCUUCAGCUAUACGCCCAUAGAGCCUGCUGGUUCGCCUUUGGCCCUCAGCCCGCAGAAUAUCACCAGCACCGAGCCGAUCGAACUCGUGCGCCCUGCGCUCUCCUUCCAGGACGUGCAGAACAUCGCUAGCACCGAGCCCGUCGACGCCGCUCGCGCUGGACUUUCCUUGUACGGUGUAGAGGACAUCGCCAGCUAUGCGCCUGUGGUGCCUGCUGAGGCGCGUUUCGCCAUGUACGAGGAAGAGAUUACGAGCGUUUCACCCACCAGUCCUGUGUCUGUUGCCUCUACACUCUUUGGAGACGAGAUCGCCAGCUUUGCGCCAAGAGAGCCCGCCGUUCCUACACUCGCGCUGAGCCCAACUGGAUCUGUCAUUGCGCCUGAGAACUCCACCGCCGAGCUCUCCACCCAAACUGACGCACCCGCAACCACCACCGACUUCUCCGUGCAGACCGACGCGCCUGCGCUCACGAGCCAACUUCUUACUCAGGCGGCUCUCGAGACGACGCCCGUCGAACCCAACACCCAGGUUGCCAUCACCAAGCCUACCAACCGCAUCACUCCCGUCAUGGUCACCCGCGAAGUCAAACCCGUCGAGCAGGCCCUUCAUCAGCCCGAAUAUCAGCGCCCAGUCGCAGCUUCGUCCAAGAAGAUUGGAUUCAUGGGAUGGAUCCCCUGGUUGGUCGCGAUCCUUGUGGCGCUUUACGCACUCGUUCAAGAGGCCGAGCUAGCUGCGUGGAAGAACGCGAACGGUGUCGGUUUCGGUGGUGGCUACGGAAACGUGGCUACUCGCAGUGGAGCUUACGGCAAUGGUCGCCACCUCUUCGGCGUCGUUCCCAUCGGUAUGGGCAUUGGCGGUUCGUGGGUGUCCGAACAAAUUGCGCGACGCAUGUCUGCGGCUAUCUCUCUCCUCGAGGACUUGGCUGGUAUCCCGGUCGAGCCUCAUUACUGA